AUGGCACACAGGCCUCAUGGCAAAUCCCUAACAGCGGGUCUUCUCCCGAUGGCGCCUUCUACCUCGCAGCAAGCAGCAGCUCCAAAGCCAAACUUCACCAGGACUACGAGUCCACGGCUGAAGCUUUUGGUACGCCGAUUACCUCCGGGCCUAACUCAGGCAGAAUUCGACGUGGCCUUGGGAACUGAAUGGGCUCUGGGGAAAGGAAAAGUGGAUUGGCUUUCUUAUAAGCAUGGAAAAGUGUCUACUGAUUACCAUUAUACGACUAGCCCCUCGAAACCCUCGAAACCAUCUCGUGCAUAUUUACGAGUCACCUCCUCAGCUAUUGUGGGCGAAUUGUCCGACAAAAUCCGCGGAGCUUCCUUCCAGGACGCACGAAAUACAGCUUCUGACCCCUCCCUAUUGGGUCCGGCGACGCUUGAAUAUGCCCCUUAUCCUCGUGCGCCCGGAGCAAAAGUGCGCAAGGAUGCGCGGUUGGGGACCAUUGACCAGGAUUCGGAGUUCAUCGCUUUUCUGGAGAGCCUGACCAACCCCGUCCCCAAGCCAAGCUCAGACGACCUUCUGGAGCCUGAAAGGGAAGAAAAGAUCACAAUCACGCCACUAAUUCAAUUCCUCAAAGAGAAGAAAGCAAAUAAAGCGAGAGAGGCCAGUCUCCCUAGCAGAGCAACCAAACCAUCGAGACCUGCUCCCAAAGACUCAAAGGCAGUCCAGGCGAAAAAAGUUCUCAGUCGAACCGAAAAGCCUGCCCCAGCUGCAACCGAAAAGAAGGGGAAAAUCGAAAAGGCCGCCAAGGAUACCGUUAAAGCAACCAGCAAGCAGGUCGCUGGUCAAGCUCCAAAGCACAAAGGGGGAAAGUCGGCGGUUGCUGCUAACCAAAUCGAACCAACACAGCCACCCUCGCCGUCUGCGCCAACCCUGGAACGGAAACGGGAGCGUGGGAAUUUGACCGCUGCGACUAAGAUUCUGCGCCGGGACUUGGGACUAGUCCCUCCUCGCAGAAGAGGAGAUAAGCCAGCGCCCACCGACAGUACACCCACAGCAGUUGCACCGAAGGAAUCUCCUUCCGCGUCAUCUGCAGAAACGGCGAAACAAGAAUCGGCGGAUACCAGACAACUUCGGCCGGAGGCACCACCCAAGGUAUCCACUCCACGUCUUCUGAAAAAGCCACCUAUAGAGCCUUCCGCUGCGCGUAACCAAAAGGCAAACCCCCCUACGGGUCCUAAAAAUGCUCCGCCUUCGAGCCCAAAAGUUCCGGCACCACGAUCGACUGCCACCCAGGCGUUCUUAAAGCAUGCUAACCCAUCGCAGGGAGUAACAGAAGAGCUACUAGACGCCGGGUUUUCAAAGUUUGGAAAAGUUGUCAAAGUCGAAAUCGACAAGAAGAAAGGAUUUGGAUAUAUUGAUUUCGCAGAUCCAGAGGGAUUGCGGAAAGCGAUACAAGCAAGUCCUGUGCCAAUUGCACAAAGUCAAGUGGUGGUUUUAGAACGGCGGUCAACGGCGGCUGUGGCUCAAGCCCGUGGAAGCCAUAUCCGAAACCAUGCACCAUCGCCGCCGCCGCCGCCUCCGCCAGCACCACCCAUGACGGUAUCAACGGCUGCUUCAGGAGAAGGUUCUCCUGCACCAUCCCGACCACUGCCCAAAGGCCCCAGGGGUGGAGGUCGUGGAGGGGCAAGGCAUCGCGGUGGUUACGGCAGAGGGGGCAGAAAUGCUCCUCCGCCGCGUUGA